AUGAAACGGCAGCGAGUCGUAAGCAUCGACAGCGCACCGUCUCCAGAGACUCAAGACGACUUCUAUUCCCCACCAGAUUCAAACCCAGUUAUUUGCGUCUACAACGAUACUUUAGAAGGGCACAUCACUUUCCCAGAGGAUGGGCUGUGUGAUUUCGUCAUCUUUAUGUCCAUAUAUUACGUCCAAGGAACAUUAGGAGAAUACAACGCAGCUUGGAAAGAAUACGACAGAACAGCAUUUCUCGCCGGCUUCCCAUCGGAAUACGUGGACGAACCCCAAAUGAUUGCAUCGCAAGGAUUCGCUGAAGCCAUUGCCCAGUUCCGUCGCACGGCCAAUUGCAGAGGCCAUGGCAUCUUCUACGCGGUCAGCAGACUUGUGGAACUCGAGUCUUCUAUGCCCAAACUGCGUCUCUUCUUUCUGGCUCUUGUCGCUCAAAUGAGGUUGAUGGCGGGGGAUUCAUUCAUCCUGUUUUUUGGCCUGGCGUUUGUGAACACGGGGGGUCGCUUUCCCGCCGACAAGACCGCUGAAGUCAUCAAGGGCAUCACCUCGAAUGUGAACCUCGUCAUCGUGAGAAGCGAUAACGUAGAAACUGGAGCCUGCGACCCGAAACCGUUGAGCGUGUGGAAGCCCGUGCGAGGCCAUCCCAGUGCAAUGGCCUCGACGAUUACACACAGCAAACUCAUCUUGAAGAAUUUGGCCAGUUUGAGAAGAACCAUCGUGGCCAUGUCGUCGAACAUGGCCCUGAAAGUAUACAACGUCGUUGCUAACCGCCACAUCGACUCCCGGAGCAUGAGUCAAGGAAAAUCAAACAAAGGCAACGUGAGCGGACGCAUCGCAUGCUCCGUUGAGACCCUGUGCAUCGCAGAGCUGUGCAACCUCACUGGAUGGGAGGAAAAUGGCGCUGGUAAGGAGGAGCCGAAUGGUGCCCGUUACGAGAACCACACCAGCGCGCAGAACAUGACCAUUAUACGUACGUACGAGACUCAAUCGACGAUCGUGCACACGAUCAAGAAUGUGCUGAAGGAUAUGCCAAAGAAGAGCGAAGCCAUAUUUGGAUGGACUUUGGUUGACAUGAACUUUGAGGACAGUGUCGGUCGGAAAUGCCCACUGUACGCCGAGUCGACGGCUGCUUUCGCGAGAACUGAAGCUGUGCGUCGUGAAAUAGGCAAACAACACCGAUACGCGCUGCGAAAGCUGCUAGAACCUUACUGACUAUAGACAUAUGUUUCGAGCAGGGGACUGCUUUUCAAUGUGCCUUUGAAUAUCAAGUUCGUGUGCCCGGCUGCUGUCACCAGCAAACCCUAAGGUGGAAUGAUUGAAACAGUGUGAUUUUAUAUAUAUAAACGUUGAUGUACCAAUUUCGCUCUCUUUGGACAGUUACGUCAGCACAGGCUGAGUGCAAUUUUUGAAGCUUUCUGAAGGACGAACUAUAUAAUAUCGGGAUACAAACACGGCAAUAAAUAAUCAUCCUUAGAGGAUGAGCGUGUGGCCUUCUCUGUAGUCACUUGUCUUCAAAAAAAUUUGAUUCGCUUUUUUUAUGCACCACUUGAAUAUGUGCACGAUCCACCAGAGGACAAAUUGCGCAAGAUGGUGACAGGUAUGGCGGACAUGCUAUGGUUUAAGAAGAAAAUAAAAGAAAUGAUAGGAGCUUUUCUCUAGGUUC